AUGGAUUUCACCGCCGCAUACCGGCAUGCCUCGUGGCGGUGCAUCGCCUUCUCUCCAGGCUCGACUUUCCUCGCCUCGGUCACCGGCGAAGAUGCAUGCUCGAUCGUCGUGAGAGCCAGCUCGACGCUGCAAGUCAUCCGCACAUGGGCACUAGAGGCAUCGAUCAGCGCACUCGAAUGGUCGCCCGAUGGAGCGUUCCUGCUGGCAGCACAUCCUGGUCAGAGGGAAGAUGGCAUUGUCUUCGUCGUGUCGCUCGACCCAGCUAAGGAAGCCAACGACGGCUCCGACUCGGGCUCAGGUUGGGUCGCUCGCAUCUCGUCUGGCUCCGACGGUCUCUCUCACGCGACAUGGGCGCCGCCUUCCGGUCCCAAGACACUCAUUCUUUUCAGCCAGAACCAUCUGCGAGCCUCGCUGUACAACCUCGUCGACCAACACAUCUCGGCUAUCGAGGGGCCGAAGCACGAUAAGAUCGCCUGGGUCGCCAAGCAGCCCAAUUACUUUGCAAGCAUUCUCAAAGGGGCCGAGCGCGACUCUCUCUACGUGUUCUCGUGCCAAAGACUCUCACACAAGGAUCUUCAGAGCUUCACAAACAAACCCAAGUCGGAAGAGAUGUGGAAGGCGGAGCAAGGGUUCCAUCUCGCCAUGAACGACGCACAUGACGUACUGUGGGCCCCGGAUGGAAGCUGCUUGGCGGUGUGGGAAGGACCACUAGAGUACAAACUGCAGAUUUACACGCCGCUUGGCGCACUCCGAGCCACGUUCCUCAUCGAGCCCGAUUCGGACACCAGCACGCCAGUCACACGAGCAGGAGCCCUGGUCGAGCCUCGACAACCAUCGAAACGACGCACAGAAGCGGCUGAUCUAGCCAGCGUCGUAGCGGGUGGCGGAAGCGGCAUCCGCCAGGUCGAGUGGCAUCCAUCUUCGCUCUUCCUCGCGGUCGGUGGAGGAGACGAGAAGGUGCGGAUCCUCGAGAGCUUAGAAUGGGAGGAGGUGGCCUGUUUGGACCUUUCGAGCUCAUCUAUUCGUGCAAGCAGAGAAGCGCCAUUUAUGCCGUCGUAUGGCCCACUCAUCGCAUGGCGAGAGCCACUCAGCUGGCUGGAAGAAACACGAGCACGCGGCAUCGUCGGAUUGGAACAGGCCAGCCUGCCCAUUUCGCUGACGGCGUCCAAAUCGGACACCCGCAAGCCAGGGUCGAGACAAGGCAUCGCAUGGAUGGCCUGGAGUCCGCAAGGCAACUUGCUAGCGGCAUUCAACGAGCGACUGCCGCACGCCGUGUGGAUCUUUGCCCUCGCAGAGCCUGGCGAAGGCAGAAUGCUUGUCGGAUCGCCACGCCUUCUUGCGGUGCUGCAGCUCAACAGCGCGGCUCGAAAGGUCUGCUGGCGACCGGGUCACGUCGGCAAGCUCGGCGUUGUGUGCGACAAUCGCGCCGUCUACACCUGGGAACUCAUCCCAUCGUCAUCGAACGAGUACAGGCAGAGAGCGGAGGCGAUCCCAAUACCCAACGACGACCUCAAAGCGUCACAACUGCAAUGGUCACCGGAUGGACAGAAGAUCUUGCUCGCGUCCGACUCGCUCUUCUGCUGCGCCUUUGAGGCGGGCGAAGCGUGA